AUGCACAAUCUCCGCCUGUACACUGUGCCUCUUCAGCGUUACGUGGCCCUCAUGAAUCUUCAGGGAGGCAAGAUUCUUGAAGUGUCGAAGAACUGGCCUCAGAGAGGGAUUCAAGUUAUCGUUGUUACUGAUGGUGAGCGUAUUCUCGGUCUCGGAGAUCUUGGUUGCCAGGGAAUGGGAAUUCCAGUGGGGAAACUUUCUCUUCACUCAGCUUUGCGAGGAAUCCGUCCAUCGGCUUUUGAAGAUUUUACAAACCACAACGCAUUUGACCUUCCGUCUAAGUACAACACGACUCAUCUGGUCUUCAACGACGAUAUCCAGAGAGCUAACGUUAUCAACAACUUGUUUGGUCUUUUUGGACCUGUACCUUACAAUCUCAUUGAAGGAAAAACUCUUCUGCGGGUCUGGCCACCAGAAUGCUUUGGCUCGUUGUCGUUGAGAUGA